AAAGGAAUAGAAUGAUUUUAUUUAUUUAUAAAUAUUUUAAGAAAAUUUGCUUUAAAUUGAACUUUAAUCUUUAUUUUACUAUCAUUUAUAUUUUUAUACAUAAUAAAUGAAACAGAUUAGAUAACAUGAAACAUCAUUUAAAUAGAAGACACAAACUUGUGUUAAGGUUAUAUAAUACAAUUUUACAUUGAAUUUAAAAAAAUGUGCAUAAUACUGUUAUAUUAUGUAUGUUAUUACGUUUUACUAAUAUAGCAAUUAGUAAAAUAAAUUUUAUACAAAGAUUUAAAUAAAUGUAAAUGUGCAUAGUGUGUAUUUUUAUGGUUUUUAUAUUAAAAUGGCAGUGAAAAAAAGAAUCCAAAAAUGGAACCAGAAUGGUUUUGAAGAUUGGGGUGGUUAUAUGGAAGCUAAAAAAGCAAAAUUAGAAGAACAAUUUAAUGAAGAAGCAAAAAAAGAAUAUGAGGAUGCAUCAAAUUUAUUUCAAGGAAUAGCUAUAUUUGUAAAUGGUUAUACAGAUCCAACAGCAGAUGAACUAAGAAGAUUAAUGAUGGCACAUGGGGGAAUAUACCAUCAUUACAUGCGACCUAAAAUUACUUCUCAUAUAAUUGCAUCAAACUUACCAUAUUCCAAAAUUAUAAUGUAUAAAAAAGCUCAAUGUCCAAUCCCUAUUUGUAAACCCGAAUGGAUAACGGAUAGCAUCAAAGCUGGGAAAGUUUUAAACUAUGAGAAUUAUUUGCUUCUUACUGAUUGUAUUGGUAGUCAGCCACAAUUAAAUUUUAAAGUAUGUGAUAAAAAGCAAAAUGUAAAUAAUGAUAUGAAAGAAAAUAAUACAAUACAAAGUACUGUCGAAUCUACUAUACUAAAUAUUGCUACUACUAGUGAGGACCUCAAUCAAAACAGUAAUAAUUUUUUGAAUCCUACUAAAAUAAAAGGAACAGCACUUUCAUCAAAAAAUGCAGAAUUUAUAUCAGAAUUUUAUAACAAUUCACGAUUACAUCACAUUGCUACGAUGGGAGCAACAUUUAAAGAUUACAUAAAUGAAUUAAGAGACAAAAGUGAUGGAAAAUUUCCUGGUUUAGAACAAUUGAAAAAACUGAAAGAAUUUAAACAAAACUCUCAACAUUCCAAUGAUUCAUACUUAUCAGAUGAAAUGUUUUCUUCUCAAGAAAAUCGAAAUACAAUAAUAAAACAAGAACCUGUCAUAAUGCAUGUAGACAUGGAUUGCUUCUUUGUUUCUGUAGGUCUCAGAAAUAGACCACAUUUAAGAGGAUUACCUGUAGCAGUGACACAUGCUAAAGGUAGUAAAAGUAUUAAUAUUAAAUCAAAUAAUGUGAAUAAUAAUGGUCAAGAUGAAGAAGAAUUUACUUCCUUUUCUGAAAUUGCAUCAUGUUCGUAUGAAGCGAGAAACGCAGGUGUGAAGAAUGGAAUGUUUUUGGGUGAAGCAUUAAAAAUAUGCCCUAAUCUAUAUACAAUAAAAUAUGAUUUUGAAGAUUAUAAGGAAGUAUCAUAUAGUUUGUACAAUAUAAUAGCAUCAUAUACAUUAGAUAUUGAAGCAGUAAGUUGUGAUGAAAUGUAUGUAAAUUGCACUAAAAUACUUGAAGAAUCACAUUUAAUGCCUAUGGAAUUUGCAACAAUCAUAAGAAGUGAGAUUAGUCAGACUACAGGCUGUCCAGUGUCAGCAGGAUUUGGAAGUAAUAAAUUAAGAGCAAGAUUAGCGACAAAAAAAGCUAAACCUGAUGGACAACUUUACCUAGAAGAUAAUAAUAUUAUUUCAUACAUUGACAAAUUUAAUGUACAGGAUUUACCAGGAGUCGGAUAUACAACCACAAAAAAGUUACGUAAAAUGAAUAUAAAUACUUGCGCAGAGUUGAGAUCGGUAUCUUUAGGAACAUUACAGAAAGACUUUGGAAAAAAAAUGGGAGAAUUAUUGUACAAUAUGUGUCGAGGUAUUGAUAAAACAAAAUUAAAUUUAGAACAUGUAAGAAAAUCUGUAUCAGCAGAAGUUAAUUAUGGCAUUAGAUUCGAAAACAAUGGCGAAGCAGUAGAUUUUUUAAAAAAGUUAUGCAUAGAAGUACAUAGCAGAUUAAAGAAUGCUAAUGCAAAAGGUAGGUGUAUCACAUUAAAACUCAUGGUUAGAGCUAAAGAAGCACCUGUAGAAACAGCGAAGUUUAUGGGCCAUGGACUUUGUGAUUAUAUAACAAAAUCAAAAAAUCUAAUGGCAUCCAUUGAUGAUCUUACCAUUAUUACAAAAGAAAUUAUUGGUAUAUGGAAUCAAUUACAUCAGGCACCUAAAGAUAUGAGAGGAAUAGGUAUUCAAAUCUCCAGAUUAGAAAUACAAAAAAAUAAGUCUAAUGAUAAUAAUUUGAUGAACUUUAUUAAUAAAACUAAACAACCUCAAGUAAAAAAUUUUAAUUUAAACAAAUGCACAGAUGACCAAAGUAACAAAAGAAAUUUUAAAAAUAAUGAAACGUUUUUUGAUAAUAAAAGAACAACAUCAACAACUAUUAGUACUGACAAUACUUUUUUGAAGCCUAGUAAUUCACGUUCGGUAAACAUAGAAAUAAACGUUGUAGAAACUUUGCAAAAUAAUAAUGAUCAAGGAGAUUCAAACACUGAUCUAAUGCAAAAUGCUGCUUCAUUUAAUCGCUCAAUGAUUGUAUUACCUUCUCAAGAUAUAAACGAGAGUGUAUUAAUUGAAUUACCCGAAGAAAUAAGAUCUGAGAUACUUGAAGCUAGAUUGAAAAAACAAAAUUCUUCAAAUAGUAAAUUCAAAUCGCAAAUUCAAAUCAAUAAAGAAAAUAAUGUAAAUGCGGAAAUUAAUAAUCCAAAAACAAAUAAGAAAGAGGGAGAACAUUCCAAAAUAGAAAAUACAUUUCACAAUAACUUGCUGUCUUCAGAGAUAGUUAAAAGAGAAUUAUUUAAUAAAAAUAUAGAAGAAAAUAAUGUGCAACUUCUUACUGAUCGAAAGAAGUUUUUAAAUGGUACUUCCGAAGUUUACAUGUUAUCGCAAGAAAUAGAUGAAUCCACAUUAAAUGAAUUACCAGAUAAUAUUAGAACUGAGAUAAUUAAUACAAUGUUAAGAAAAAAAAAUGAAUCUAAUAAUAAGAAUAAAACAAUGAAAAAUAUGCAAACACAUCAGGAACAAUUCUUCAAACAAAUUAAACCAAAUUCGGGAAAAAACAUAAAAACUGAAUUACCACCAAUUCAAGAAUUAGAUAUGUCAGUCUUAUUGGAAUUACCUGAAGAUAUACGAAACGAUAUAUUUAAUCAAUAUAAAAGCAGUAAACAAGAAAAUACUAAUAGUUCCAGCAGCAAUGCAGGUGUAUCAAAUGAACAAAUGAAUCAUCAGAAAAAUACGGGAGAAUCUGUUAAGGAAAGUACAGCUACAGAAAAUAUAUCAUUUUCGCAAAUAGAUCCUGAUUUCUUAGCAGCAUUACCAGCAGAUAUGCAACAUGAUGUGCAACAAUAUUGUAUUGCUAAAAAGAAAGAAGAUCAAUUGAAAAAUACAAAUAAUUUGCCUAAUAAAAAUAUUGCUAUUAAUAAUCUCAAUAAACAAAGGAGUGUAUUACAAUACGCGAAAAAUGCAAGACCACUUUCUAAAUCAAAAAAUAACGGUAAAUAUUCUAAAGCAGUUUUGAGUAAAAAUAAUCGCAAGAAAGAUAUAAAAUCAAUGUCAAAAGUUAAAAAGUGUAGUAAUAAAUAUGAAAUAGAAACGAUUAGAAAGAGUGACAAUGUAAAGAAUAGCAAAUUAGAUAAUAAAGAAGAUAAAAUAAUUAAAACAGCAACACCCGAUAUAAAUAAUAUUAAUAAUGAAAAAGAUAUUGUAGAUGAAACAGAAACGAUAUUGGCAUAUAAUCGAAUUAUUACAAAUGAUAAGGAAACUACAGAUAAAUAUCAAGGGACAUUAAUCGAUAUUGUUAAUACAUUUUUCAGUCUUCCAAUAGAACAAAUUAAAAUGCAGAUACAAAUAUGGAUUGCUUCUAAAACUGAAGAAGAUAUUAACUUUUUAUCGCUUGCAACAUUUCUUAGCAUGCUUCCCGAGAAGAAACGCGUUGAAGAUUUACAUAUUCUCUUGAAAACCAUGCACAGAUGUACGACAAAAACUGGAAAUUGCUUUUGGCAUGGGAUAUAUGGGAAAACAGUGGAACACGUUCAACGUUAUAUGCAGAUCGAAUACAACAGCGAUCUAAUGGUACCACCAAUUAGAUGCAAUUGUUUCAAAUAUAACAACGAUGUAAUAUAAAUUUCCGGAAUUUAAUAAAUUAAUGUUUUUACAAUGUGCUUAAUAAGAAACGUAUUUACAAGCAAACAUAAUACUUACCUUUAAUUUCAUCGAACACAGUAACAUUUCUUAGAUAACAUAAUAAUGUACGAUUAUCAAUAAUGCAUUUUUCGCAAGAUUAUUGUUCAAAGGUUUCAUAUAAAUCGGUAAGAAGUCAUAAACCUUGAAUUCGUACGUAUUUUUGUAAUAUAUAUAUUUUUUAAAUAUAUUUUUCACUUUGUAGUCGGUACGCGCAGGGGUGGUGAAAAAAUAGAAAGGGGUGAGUUAGAGACGAGUAUUUACUAUUCCCAUUCGGUGGUACCCGGCGGUUUAGGCGUUAGAUCAUAUAGAACGCGCGAAAUGCCGGGUACCGUAGAUAUUUCAGUCACCAUUUUCUUCACCACCUAAUAGAGAAAAUGAUAUUCUUAAUAUAAUAACCGAUAUUAUAUAGACAAAGAAAUAAAUCAAUUAAAGGACACGAUACUUACGUGAAUUGGUAAUUCUUUUCCGGGAAUAGCAGGAGUUCCUGUCAUAAAAUCGUUGGUACAGAAUGGCCUAAUCACGAUAGAACGCUGACACGAUGGCGUUCGAGAAGCGGCAUCGCGAUCGAAAUGUAUAGGAAUUAGAACUAUAGGCAUCUGAUUGAUGACGCCCAUACAACCAUUUGCAGCCAAAACCUGAUUUGCUAAAUGAUCUGCUUGUCUUAAGGUAGCUAUCACAUUGGAUGUAAGAUGUGUCUGUGUAAUGUCUGUGACCGGAUGAUGAAGUUGUGGUCCAAAGAUAUAACAUACGCGAUUUACAUUGUGGCACACACGUGGAAUUAACCUCGCAAGGAACAACAUAUCUUCCCACUCUACUCCUUCUGAGAUACUUUCUUCACUUGAUAAUCCUACUACAUAGCUAUAAGAUCUACGGUCUCCCUGUAUAUAUAUAUAUAUACACACAUAUACAAAUUCUUCGUAUUAUACAUUUUUAAUUAUUAUUUCGGACAAUAUAUCAUUUAUCAAAGUAGAAUUAACAUACCUGAACUCCUACGCUACGAAUAGGCAAAAGUGUUGCAGCGAUAUGACGACGGCUAGAAACUCUUCGAAGUUGUUGACGUUCUGUUUCGCUUGUCGCACCUUCUACGCGAUUUAAUAAUGCGUGCUUUUUUUGUAGCAUUUGUUCAUAU